GCUUAGCGUUAAUUUGACAUAGGCACCGGUUAGCCAACAAAACACAUGAUGGACCAAAUGAUGAAUGAUGUUGUCGACUCGUACGAUUUAAAGAAGUUUGAGAUGAUGUACAAUGAUCAGUCGAGGAGAGGCCAGGUGAGUGAGAAAGCCCAGUUUGAGUAUGCCUGGUGUCUGGUCCGCAGUAAAUACCUCGACGACAUGAAGAAAGGAGUAGCACUUAUGGAAGAUUUAUUUAAAAAUGCCACGGAUGAUACAGCUAGGAGAGACUAUCUGUUUUACAUGUCGAUCGGAUACACACGUAUUAAGGAGUACCCACAAGCCUUGACUUACGUGAAGGCUUUACUGCGGAUAGAACCAGGUAACCACCAGGCACUACAGCUACAGGAAUAUAUCAACAAGAAAAUGAAGAAAGAGGGACUGAUGGGUAUAGCGAUUGUAGGUGGAGCUGCUUUGGCUUUAGGUAGUCUGGUCGGCUUAGGAGUGGCUCUCGCGAAAAAGUGAAGAUAUUUGACCAUAUAAGGACCUAAUUUAUUACCUUUCGUUGAUAUAACCAUAUAUGGACAUGAUGGAGGACAGUGCUACCAAAUAUGGAUGUAAUCAGCUGAUAAGGACAUGCUCACUGUAAACUUGUGUGGAUAAUGUUAAUUAUAUGGAUAACAAAACCAUAGAUAGACAUGAUGGGAGAAAUUAAUGUUACCAUAACAGUGUGAGGACAUUGUUAAUUUCAUUGUGCAUGGAUGAUAACAUUUAUAGACAUGAAGGAAAUUGAUAUGACCUUGUAUAGAUCUAUAUAAUGUCCAUAUAAGGAAACUGGUUAUUUGUAACAGUGUAAGGACAUUGUUAAUUUAAUUGUUUUUUGAUGAUAACCGUAUAUGGACAAUGGCUAUUAUCUAAUAUUGAUAACCUACAUGACAUUCUUUUACAUUAACU